AUGUUCAAUGGCGACACUUUCAAAAAUAUUCGCGUGUAUUGGCUCGCAUUCGUGGCUUACUGGGGCAUCAUUCUAUUCGGAUAUGACACUGGUAUAGCUGGAGGUGUUGUCUCCCAGCCUUACUUCGAGACCAGCUUCGGUUUAGUCAACGCAGAUGGCUCAAUCAACAAAAGCAAGGAUACUACGGUUUCUUCCAAUGUUGUUUCGGUGUUGCAGGCAGGAGCAUUCUUUGGCGCUCUAGGCAGUGCACCUAUAUCAGCUUGGUUGGGACGGAAAUUAACAUUGAUUGGUUUCACCAUAGUUUUCGUGAUCGGUGCUAUAGUUACUACGGUUGCUGGUGGUAGCCGGGGUAUUGCAUACAUUUACGGCGGUCGGGUUAUCUCCGGCUUUGGCAUUGGCGGUAUCUCUGCUGUCGCGCCCACUUAUGUCUCUGAAUGCUCACCGAAGAAUGUUCGUGGUCGCAUCACCGGGUGUUUCCAGAUCAUGGUGGCCAUCGGUGUCAUGAUUUCAUAUUUCAUAAACCUCGGCGUCAGCCUUCAUAUGGCGAGCAGCCCCAAUGUGUGGAGGGUUCCUUUUGGAUUCCAGCUUGUUCCUGCAGGUAUAAUGUGCCUUGGUCUUUUCACUGUCAAGGAAUCUCCCCGUUGGCUUGCAUCUAAAGGUUACGCUGCGGAAGGCAUCGCUAAUCUUGCUUACUUGCGGAGGGAGCCUUGCGAUUCAGAUGAAGUACGGCAUGAAUUUGCUGAAAUUGAAGCUGCAAUUCGUGAAGAGCAGGAGGCUCGUAAAGGCCUUGGAUUGAAAGAAGCCUUCUUCGGGAAGGGCAAUUUUGUUCGAUUUGUCAUUGCGUUUGUAAUCUUCUUGUUGCAGCAAUGGAGCGGACAAAACUCUGUUGGCUAUUACGCACCUCAGAUCUUUAGCUCCAUCGGGUACUCCGGGACCACUAAUUCUCUCUUGGCUUCUGGAAUCUACGGUAUCGUGAAAUUCAUUGCAACUGCAAUUUUCGUGUUCUUCUUCGUUGAGAGUCUCGGUCGUAAAGCAUCGUUAUUCAUAUCCGCUAUGGGAAUGGGAAUCACGUUCUUUAUCAUCGGUGCUAUUUUGAAGACACAUCCUGUUGUCGCACCUUUGCCGGGCCAGUCUGCUCCACCACCGGCACCGUCUUCAAAAGCUAUGGCUGCUAUGCUUUACAUUUACGUCUGCUUCUACUCCAUGGGAUGGGGUCCUCUUCCAUGGGUUUAUGUCUCUGAUAUCUUCCCCACACGGACUCGCCAUUACGGAUUAGCCUUUGGUUCUGGUUCGCAGUGGCUAUGGAACUUCGUUGUGGCGAAGGUCACUCCAACUCUUGAAACUGAUCUAGGAUUCAAACUCUUCAUGAUGUUUGCCACGAUCAAUAUCGGCGGGAUGGCUGUCUUCUCCCUGCUCCUGCCUGAGACCAAGGGUCGUAGUCUAGAGGAGAUGGAUAUCAUUUUCGGCUCAGUCAGCGCUGAGUCACGCGAAGCGUUCAUUGAACGUGCACUCGACCACAAAGAAGUAAAAUUACAACCAUCUAUUGACGUAUAA